UGGAGAGCGCGAAGCGCCAUGAGGCGCAGACUCAGGAGACACAAGCGCAGCAAGAAGGAAGUGGACAGAGAAGAAAGAGAGACGAGCUGUAAGUCGCGAGUCGUACAAAUACACGAGAUGAGAUCAUCAACACUGAUUGUCUAAUGUUCUGGGGUGCGAAAUUGGUACAAGAGGCAUAUACACGUGGAAUCCUUCUAUGCGGUUGCUGCAUAUGGACACACGCUGUAGUCUGCUAUGCUGAUGAUGGAUUAUUUCAAGUCAUCUUCCUAGUGUAUGUCACUGGCGGCCAACUUCCAUGUCCUCGUCUCAAAAGAAAAGACAGCAUACACUGCGGUAGCUUUUACGUUUGGUGCGUUCCAGAGCAUGCCGUCUCAAUGUGCAACGACAUUGGCGGUACCAUGAACGAAGUUGGUAUCCACUCUGCGUUUGCCCUCACCCACGCGACAACCACCACAAUGACAUCGCCGACCAUCCUCCCCGUCGACACCAUCAUGCGCGUUAAGAAUCGAAACACCUCCCUUAUACAGCCGGAGGAGAACGGAACAAGAAAGAUUUCUCUAGGCUUGUUAAGCCCACCCACUUCGAUCUCGUCUAGGAGCAUCUCGUCCACAAGCAGUUCCAGUCAAUCUUCGACAUCAACCACCACGCGAUUCAUCUCGACACCAACACACUUCAACUCUCCACAGACGAACGAAUUUCUUGGUCUUACUCAAGGCAAAGCCUUGGAGCUCUUUAAGAGCAGGCGCGACAAAGAGAAAGAGAUUGGAGCACCCAUCUCUAUAGAAAGAUGGGUGAUCGACUAUGUCGUCGCAAUCUGUGAAGAUGCACAAGAUUCCGCCGAUAACUGGGUGAAGUUCAUGGAAGAGGCUGGGAUUAAGAAGGAAGUACAGCUUGCCAUCAUGAGAGAAGAGCAUGCAAUCAUACGCGGGAUUCAGUCACUGUCUUGCUGGCUCGCAGAUAUUAUCGAGACGAACUAUCUUGCCCUCGUGGACAUGAACGCCCGCAUACUAGAAGAGUUGGCUCCCUCAUCGGGAGUACAUCUGAGAGGGGGAGCAGGAGAUGAAUACAUGGUCCCUCAAAUGCCUGGUGGUCAUCUCGCUCUGUACAAGAGCGUCGAGUUCCGAAGAUGCAAAGGUGUCAUCUCUGAAGAUGGAUCAGUCAAUUUGGCACGUCUGGAAUCUACCGGACCAACCGAUUUCGCGAGACGAGGUGGUCUGUAUUUCACGAACCAGCUAUGGGUGGCUAAACAUUACGCGACUCUGAUUACAGAUGCCUGUCCAGUCGCAGACCGACGGACUGUGGAGCUGCACGUCCCGCUAUCUCACCUAGAGAAGAUGAAGGUGUGGAAUUUGCGAUUCGAGGACGAAGCCUUCAAGCAACUUUUAUUCUUCUCGAGACGCGAUGAAAAGUACCCUAAACAAAUAUCGCAGUUACGUGCAGCGCAUGGGAUAAUCUCAGGACCUAUUGGUCAUGUCCACAAUCUGGCUUUCGGAAAGAUGUCGAGUUGGAACCUGAUCACAGAAAAGCAUCAGCUACAGGAGAAGGAAAAGGUUGAGGACAACAAAGGAAACCAGACAGAGGUCACCAAAUACGGAAAGCAGUGGGUUUGGAUUAAAGAAGAGUCAGUGGCACAACUUGAAGCAGACUGUAAAGACAAAGUAUAUCUGAGACUACCCCACCAGAAUCUCAAGCUUGUCGUUGAGCCAUGGGACGACAAAUCUGUAAAGGACAAGCGGGUAUAG